UACAGCGUUAACUACUUUAAACGACUGACUCUGGAAAGCUGGUUUACUGACUUAGAACAGACUCCCCUCAAUAGGUGUUGACUACUACCGGCAUCAUACAAACGAUUCAUUCACUCGUCGAAACAGACCAAUCACGACCAACUUACGUCGCUUAAAUCAUACAGCCAAUAGCAUCACGGAAAAACUGACCAAUCAUUUCACACUAACUGGACUGAGAACAUUCUACGGACAACAACUAUUCACUUGACUCUGAUGAAGACUUCUGGAGAGAUUGUCGAAACGUCAGCUACCUCCACCGACAGCAGUCCUUCUCAGGACUAUACUCACCCGAACAAUCUCACUACACUUUCAUAAUUUUUGUUGUUUCAGUACAAAUAGAAAAUCAAGUAAUGAAAGAAGAGGAAAUACGAAUAUUGCAAUCGAAUUGCCCAAACCUUCUCAAAGCCAUUAUAUGGCACUGGAUGACAGAAGCCGUUCACAAGCGAUUGCAAAUACCAUACAGAAUAACAGUCCACACAGGGCUGAACAAAUUAAAAACGCUUCUGAAUCAGAGCGAAAGGAUUUGCUGUCUGAACUGGAAUUAAUGAAACAACUUAAACCUCAUCCUUACGUCAUCAAACUUUUGGGAUGCGUUACCAAGUCUGUGCCACUGUUGGUGUUGAUCGAAUAUGUUCCCCAUGGAGAUCUGCUGGGUUACCUGAGGAAGAGCCGUGGAUUAAAUGACACUUACUUCAAAGACCCGAAUAUCAAACCGCAAACAAAUCUCACGUCACAGCAGCUGAUGAGGUUUGCUUGGCAAAUCGCUGAUGGAAUGACCUAUUUGUCAUCGAUAGCAGUCAUACAUCGAGACCUUGCAGCUCGUAAUGUGUUGGUUGGAGAAGAGGAAACCUGCAAAUUAACAGACUUUGGUAUGGCCAGAGAUGUGCAAGAGAACGACAUUUAUGAAAGAAAAUCCAGGGGGCGUCUCCCCGUAAAGUGGACUGCCAUUGAGGCACUACUCUACGGAAAAUACUCCACAAAGAGUGAUGUGUGGAGCUAUGGAGUUCUCCUCUAUGAGAUUUUUACGAUUGGUGGUUCACCCUAUCCACGGAUGGACGGAAGAAAAAUUGCGAACUCACUUCAGGAGGGAUACAGGAUGCCUAAACCACAACACGUGGAUGAUAAGUUGUAAGAUAAUAUCCUUUUGUUGAUGUUU